AACUAAACAAUUGCACAAAAAGAGAAAAUCAAGGUGAACACACACAAAACAAUUUUCACACAAGACACAUAGUAUAAUCAAUCAUUAAUUUAAUUAACAAAACAAAAGAAAAGAAAAGAAAAUAAUCACAAAGUGGUGAUGAUGUAUGGUGUGUUAUGAUCUGUGAUAAUAUAUUAGCUUCAUUCAAUACAAGAGAUAGAAAGUUAAGAGUUUUUAGAGAGAGAAACAAAAUGGGUUGUUGUCAAUCUUCUUUGUUUAGAAGAAGAGUAAGAGAGAAUCAUCAUCAUCCUGAAAAACAACAACAGCAACAACCCUACCAUCACCAGCUUCAGCACCGUAACAACAACAACAACAACAACAAUCUGAAUCAAAUUGAUGGUGAAAAAGAAUCAGCAACGGUGGAUCCUUCAUCUUUUACUUUCUCUGAGUUUUCAUUAUCAGACUUGAAAGCAGCAACUAAUAAUUUCAGCUCAGAGUAUAUUGUUUCUGAGAGUGGUGAAAAAGCACCUAACUUGGUUUAUAAAGGUAGGUUACAGAAUCAGAAACGUUGGAUUGCUGUUAAGAAGUUCAGUAAAGCUGCUUGGCCGGAUCCAAAACAAUUUGUUGAAGAAGCUUCUGGUGUUGGAAAAUUGCGUCAUCCUAGGCUUGCUAAUUUGAUUGGUUAUUGUUGUGACGGUGAUGAAAGAUUACUUGUUGCUGAGUUUAUGCCUAAUGAUACCUUAGCCAAACACCUCUUUCACUGGGAAAAUCAGACUAUUGAGUGGGCCAUGAGGUUAAGAGUUGCUCUUUAUAUUGCACAAGCUUUGCAUUAUUGUACUUCUGAGGGACGGCCCUUAUACCAUGAUUUGAAUGCUUAUCGCGUUCUAUUUGAUGAGGAAGGUGAUCCACGUCUGUCUUGUUUUGGUUUAAUGAAGAACAGCAGGGAUGGAAAAAGUUACAGCACAAACCUUGCUUACACACCUCCUGAAUAUUUAAGAAAUGGAAGAGUCACUCCUGAAAGUGUCAUUUACAGCUUUGGAACAGUUCUUCUCGACCUACUCAGUGGCAAGCACAUCCCUCCUAGUCAUGCACUUGAUAUGAUACAGGGAAAAAACAACAUGCUCUUGAUGGAUUCUCAUUUGGAAGGAAAGUUUUCUACAGAAGAGGCAACAGUAGUUGUCAAUCUUGCCUCUAAAUGUUUGCAAUAUGAACCGCGAGAACGGCCUAAUACAAAGGAUUUGGUCACAACGCUUGCUCCAUUGCACACAAAACCCGAUGUUCGUUCUCACAUCAUGCUUGGAAUUCCAAAGCAAGAAGAAGCUCCAUCAACCCCACAACGUCCUCUUUCAGCAAUGGGCGAGGCUUGCUCAAGAAUGGACCUCACUGCAAUACAUCAGAUCUUGGUUGCAACCCACUACAGAGAUGAUGAAGGGACUAAUGAGGUAACUGAUGGUGCGGUUGUUUUAAUUUUACUACUUUUAGUUGGAUGCUAUGCUAUAAGAUUUGAAUUUGGAUUGGUUCAGUUGUCGUUCCAAGAGUGGACUCAACAGAUGAGAGAUAUGCUGGAGGCAAGGAAGCGCGGAGACUAUGCAUUCCGUGACAAGGAUUUUAAGACAGCCAUUGAUAACUAUUCUCAGUUCAUUGAUGUGGGAACGAUGGUCUCUCCCACAGUUUUUGCAAGGCGCAGUCUAUGCUACCUGUUAUGUGAUCAACCAGAUCCUGCUCUACGAGAUGCAAUGCAAGCACAAUGCGUAUAUCCAGACUGGCCCACAGCUUUCUACAUGCAGUCUGUUGCUCUUGCAAAGCUGGACAUGCACAAGGAUGCAGCUGACAUGUUAAAUGAGGCGGCUGCAUUAGAAGAGAAGAAGCAAAGAGGAGCAAGAGGAUCAUAGUUUGUAUACAGCGUGUGGCUAAUUUGAGGGUGCCAAGUUCUGUAUAAAGGUUGAGCUGGGAAGUAAAAUCUAACGUUUGAAUCCUGAAUUAAAAAUGUGUCAGAGAAAUACAAUACUGGUGGAGUAGAUAGCAUAUGCACUUUGUUUCACCAACUUAUAGGAAUCAGUCAUAACCUGAAAAAAACUGUGCUUAUGCACUCCAAAUUGUGAAGGUGAUUUUUCCAUUGUUGAUGAAAUUUAUUGUUUGAUUGAGGUUAUUCUAACUCUAAACUAGUCAAGGCGAUUGUGUUCAUAA